CAUAUUUUUUCGUAAAGUAAAUAAAACCAAAAAAGAUUUGAAUUAAUAUUAUUAAAUACAAAAUUAUAAUUAACAAAUUAAUUUUCAGUUCUACAAUAUCCUAAUAAAAAAAAAUAAGAAAAGCAAAAUAAAAUCGUGAAAUAAAUGAACGAGGAGAAACAACCUAAUUAUACCAACAACAAUCGUCCACAGUAUUAUUAUACUUAGGAUAUUAAAUAUAUAAAAAUUUUACGGAAAAUUAUUUAAUAUUUAUGUAAAAAAAAUGCAUAUACGUCGCCCCCACUUAGUUGGGGUGUUUAACACCCGCCUAUUAACAGGUGUAACGUUAUUUAUUUUUACCAAUCAAAUAUUGUUAAAUUUAAUUGUUAUUGCGGAGCCAUAUCAUCAUAGUGGUGUAGGUAUACAUAUACCAGUUGAUGAUAAUAAUUUUGGUAUUGGUUUAAUUGGUAACAGUGGUGGCACUAAUAAUGGUGCUGGUUUAAUAACAGAAACACGAUGCCCAAGAGUAUGUAAAUGUAAUGGAUUAACAGUCGAUUGUUCACAUCGUAGUUUAACGCUAAUACCAAGAAAAAUUCCAGCUGAAACUGAAAGAUUAGAUCUUCAAGGCAAUAACAUAACUGUUAUAUUUGAAUCGGACUUUCAAAACCUUCCGAAACUUAGGAUUCUGCAAUUAACAGAUAACCAGAUUCAUACGAUAGAAAAAGAUGCACUUGCAGAGCUUCAAUCAUUAGAAAGGCUGCGCUUGAACAGCAAUCACUUGAAGGCAAUACCUGAUCAGUUUGUGACAAAUUUAACCAAUUUAUUACGAUUGGAUUUAUCACACAAUGAAAUCACAGCAUUACCGAGAAGGAUAUUUAAAGGUGCACCAUCUUUACGUAGUCUUCAACUGGACAAUAAUCAAAUUAUGUGCCUGGAUGAGCAAGCAUUUAAAGGUCUUGCUGAUUUGGAAAUUUUAACUUUAAAUAACAAUAAUUUAACAAGUUUACCACAUCAUAUAUUCAAAGGCUUGGGUCGCCUUAGAGCUCUUCGCUUAUCGGAGAAUCCAUUUUCAUGUGAUUGUCAUUUAGCAUGGAUGUCAAAAUUUCUACGCAGUGCACCUCGUUUAGCACUCUAUACAAGAUGUCAUUCACCAAGCCAACUAAAAGGUCAAAACGUGGCUGAUCUCCACGAUCAAGAUUUUAAAUGUUCAGGUCUAACUGAAAAUGCACCAAUUGAAUGUGGUGUAACAAACAAUUGCCCUCAUCCAUGCCGAUGUGCUGAUGGCAUUGUUGAUUGCCGUGAGAAGAGUUUAACAAAUGUUCCAACAUCUUUACCAGACGAUACUGCAGAAUUACGUUUAGAAAACAAUUACAUUACAGAACUUCCGCCAAAAGCUUUUGCAAAUUUCCGUCGUCUCAGACGUAUCGAUUUAUCAAAUAAUAAUAUUUCGAGAGUUGCUCACGAUGCAUUUGCUGGAUUAAAGUCACUAACAACACUAGUUCUCUAUGGAAACAAAAUAAAGGAUUUACCCUCUGGCAUAUUUAAAGGACUAACAUCAUUACAAUUGUUACUGUUGAAUGCUAAUGAAAUCUCUUGCAUUCGUAAAGAUUCAUUCAAAGAUUUGCAUAGCUUAAGCCUGCUUUCAUUAUAUGACAACAAUAUUCAGUCAAUGGCAAAUGGAACAUUUGAUUCAAUGAAAAGUAUUCAAACAUUACAUCUAGCUAGAAAUCCGUUCAUUUGCGAUUGUAAUUUAAGGUGGUUGGCUGAUUACCUGCACAAAAAUCCAAUUGAAACUAGUGGUGCACGUUGUGAUGCUCCCAAAAGAAUGCAUAGAAGACGUAUUGAAUUGCUAAGAGAUGAAAAAUUUAAAUGUACCAAUGAAGAAUAUCGUACCAAAAAUGCUGGAGAAUGUAAAAUUGAUGCAGAUUGUCCAGCAGCAUGCCAUUGUCAUCGAACAACAGUUGAUUGCUCAGCACGAGGUCUUAAAGAAAUCCCACGUGACAUCCCACUUUAUACAACAGAAUUGCUGUUAAAUGACAAUGAAUUGGGACGCAUAAAAUCUGAUGGAUUAUUUGGACGUUUACCAAAUUUAAUUAAAUUAGAUUUUAGACGAAAUCUUAUAACAGGAAUCGAACCAAAUGCAUUUGAAGGUGCAUCGAGAAUAACAGAUUUAUUAUUGAGUGAAAAUAAAAUUAAACAGAUUCAUAAUAAAAUGUUUCCCGGCCUUCAUAAUUUGAAAACUUUAUCCCUUAGUGAUAAUUUAAUAUCGUGUGUGAUGCCAGGAUCAUUUCAAUCACUUUCCAAUUUACAGACAUUAAAUCUCGAUUUAAAUCCAUUCAAUUGUAAUUGUCAUUUAUCAUGGUUCUCGGAUUGGUUACGCAAAAAGAAUUUCUCAGGUGGUAGUGCACGUUGUGUUAUACCAUCACGUGUACGUGAUAAUCAAAUACAAGAUAUUGCACAUCACGAAUUCAAAUGUACUCCAGAUAAUAAUGAAGGAUGUUUAGGUGAAGGAUAUUGUCCACCAUUAUGUACGUGUACUGGAACAGUUGUCCGUUGUUCACGUAAUAAAUUAAUUGAAAUACCAAAAGGUAUACCAACAGAAACAUCAGAAUUAUACUUGGAAUCAAAUGAAAUUAAAAUGAUACAUAUGGAUCGAAUAAGUCACUUGAAACAUUUAACAAGAUUGGAUCUGAGCAAUAAUCAAAUUAAAUUUCUUUCCAAUUACACAUUUUCGAAUCUUACAAAACUGUCAACAUUAAUUAUUUCCUAUAAUCAACUGCAAUGCAUCGAACGUCAUGCAAUGACCGGAUUAGUUAACCUUAGAGUAUUGUCAUUGCAUGGUAAUCAAAUCUCUAUGAUACCGGAAGGUACAUUUGAUGAUAUGAAAUCUAUAACACAUAUUGCUUUAGGUAGCAAUCCGUUAUAUUGUGACUGUUCGUUAAGAUGGUUUUCCGAUUGGAUUAAAUUGGAUUAUGUAGAACCAGGGAUUGCACGUUGUGCGGAACCAGAAUUAAUGAAAGAUAAAUUGAUUCUAUCAACACCAUCUCAUCAUUUUCAAUGUAAAGAUAAAGUAAAUAGCGAAAUUUUAUCAAAAUGUAAUGCUUGUUAUAAUUUCCCAUGUCAAAAUAAUGCUCAAUGUCAACCUAUGGCACAACAUGAAUACAAAUGUUUAUGUAAACCUGGUACACAUGGUAAACAUUGUGAGUUAAUGAUUGAUGCCUGCUAUGGCAAUCCAUGUCGCAACAAUGGUACAUGUACUGUUCUUGAAGAAGGACGUUUCAGUUGUCAAUGUCUACCAGGUUAUGCAGGUGCAAGAUGUGAACAAAAUAUUGAUGAUUGUAUUGAUAACAAAUGUGAAAACAAUGCUACUUGUAUUGAUGGUGUUCAAUCUUAUAAAUGUAGUUGCCAACUUGGUUUUAAAGGUGAAUAUUGUUCUGAAAAAAUCAAAUUUUGUUCAGAGGAAUUUAAUCCUUGUGCGAAUUCUGCCAAAUGCGUCGAUCAUUUUACGCAUUAUUCAUGUGAAUGUGCUCCAGGUUUCCAUGGAACAAAUUGUACCGAAGACAUUGAUGAUUGCCAAAAUCAUAUGUGCCAAAAUGGUGGUACAUGUAUUGAUGGCAUUAAUGAUUAUAUAUGUAAAUGUCCGCCUGAAUAUAGUGGUAAAUAUUGUGAAGGAACACCAAUUGUAGCUAUGAUGUAUCCUCAAACAUCACCAUGUCAAAAUCAUGAAUGUAAACAUGGUGUUUGCUUUCAACCAAAUCCCUCUGGAUCAGAUUAUUUGUGUAGAUGCCAUCCGGGAUUCUCUGGAAAAUGGUGUGAAUAUUUGACAAGUGUCAGUUUUGUUCACAAUAAUUCAUUUGUUGAAAUGGAACCAUUACGAACAAAACCAGAAGCAAAUGUAACAAUCAUUUUUAGUAGUACACAAGAAAACGGUGUACUAAUGUAUGAUGGUGAAAACGAACAUUUAGCUGUUGAGUUAUUUAAUGGUCGAAUAAGAGUCAGUUAUGAUGUUGGAAAUUAUCCAGUUUCAACAAUGUAUAGUUUUGAAAUGGUUUCAGACGGAAAAUAUCAUACAGUAGAAUUAUUAGCAAUUAAGAAAAAUUUCACUUUAAGAGUAGACGGAGGUCUUGCCAGAUCUAUUAUAAAUGAAGGAACAAAAGAUUACUUAAAAUUGACAUCACCAAUGUAUUUGGGUGGUUUAGCUGCAGAACCCGGACAACAAGCAUAUAAAAAUUGGCAUUUAAGAAAUUUAACAAGUUUUAUGGGAUGUAUGAAAGAAGUGUGGAUUAAUCAUAAAUUAGUUGAUUUUAUGAAUGCUAAGAAACAGCAAAAAAUAACUCCGGGGUGUGCCCUUUUAGAAGGUGAUACCGAUGAGGAAGAAUUAAUGGAAGCAAUGCAAGAAAUGCAUGAAACGCCAGAAGAAAAAGAAGUUGAUCCAUGUGAAAAUAAUCGAUGUCGCCGUGGAAGCCGUUGUAUUCCAAGCAGUAAUACAAAAGAUGGUUAUACAUGUAAGUGCAAACAAGGAACAAGAGGAAAAUAUUGUGAUCAAGGUGAGCCUACUACAUCAGAGCCGCCCACAUCUACUGCUGCUUCAACUUGCCGUAAAGAACAAGUUAAAGAAUAUUAUACAGAAAAUGAUUGUCGAUCUCGACAACCUUUGAAGUAUGCCAAAUGUGUUGGUGGCUGCGGUAACCAAUGUUGUGCAGCUAAAGUCGUUCGGCGAAGAAAGGUGCGGAUGAUAUGCAACAAUAAUACAAAAUAUGUUAAAAAUCUAGAUAUAGUAAGAAAGUGUGGUUGUUCAAAAAAAUGUUACUGACUGAAAGAUGCGACUACCCAAGUUAUAAAUAUUUAUACACAUAAUAAUAACAA